AACAUAAGGUCAUGUGACAAAAAGUUGUGUUUACGUUCCUCAAUUUAUACUCCGUUCAGACAAACCUUUACAACCUAGAAGAGUUUAAAAGGAAGAAAUGAAUGUUCUUUGAAGUAUAUUGAAUAAGUUAAAGACAUGGGCGGAGGAACUUCAUUUCCAAGAGAGCCAUUAGACAGGAGCAAGGUUGUUAUAGUGACGGGUGGUAAUACUGGAAUCGGUUAUGAAACAGCGAAAUGGAUCGCAAUGUUAGGCGCAAAAGUGAUAAUAGCAUGUAGAUCGGAGACGAGAGCUCGUGAGGCAAUUAAAAGAAUGAAGGAAGAAUACCAAGAGGAGAAGCAAAAAGAAACAAAUGGAAUUAUCCAAGAUGGUGACAUAUAUGUACAGUUUAUGCAAGUCGAUUUUGCAUCUUUGCAGUCUACCAAGGAAUUUAUAGAAACUUUCAAAUCUUCCGGGACAAAAUUACACACGUUAGUGUGUAAUGCAGGGUUAGGUCUUGGCCCUGUAGAAUUCACAGAGGACAAAAAUGAAUUGGUAUUUCAGGUUAAUUAUCUCAGCCAGUUCCUACUAGCGAUACAUCUGAUUCCUCUAAUGGAAUGUUCGGACGCGGAUGACUGCAGAAUUGUGUUGGUAUCAAGUGAUGGACAUAAUCUUGCUCAUUCUUUUAAUGUAUCAACGAUCCAAGGAAAACAGUUGACAGAGGAGAGUUUCGAAAGUUUUCGUAACUACGGUGAUUCUAAAUUGUACCAGGUUAUGCAGAUGUAUUUCAUGAAUAGAAGGUUGAAGGGAACCAAUAUAUCAGUUUUGUCAACUCAUCCUGGAUCAGUGAUGACAGAAUUCGGUCGGAACAUGGAAUGUUCUCGUACAUGCUGCUUAUAUUGCUUUGCAUAUACAAUGAAAUUCUGUCAUUGCUUAAAAACCCCAUUCGAAGGAGCAGAAACUGAGAUAUAUGCUGCAAUAGCUCCACAACUUAAAGGUACCCGAGAUGUUUAUUAUGCAGACUGUAAACCAGCAACAACGUCAAGUCAAUCAAGAAAUAUGGAAAAUCAAGAAGCCUUAUUAAAAGUUUCCUUGGAAAUGUUGAAGGACUAUAUACCUGACGAUAUAGUACAGAGAUGGUCAACAAAAUCAUAAACAUUAGUAGUAUAUCUAUAUACCUCAUUGACUUUUUGUUGUUAAAGCAGCUAAUUGGUCAUGACACAUACUUUUAUGAUAUUUUAUGCAGCUUACUUAAAAUCGAAACUAUGAUGCAUAAGCUUUUUUUUUUCUUUCUUUCUUAUAUAUGAUUGAAUUCUUAAUUCUGAAAUCAACAUGCAUUCGUAGAUUGCAUGUAAAAUCGCUGAAAAAUUUUCGUACCCAAUCCAUGGGUAUAUAUUAUUAAAAAUGUAUAUGCUGUUGCUUAAUUCAUAAAGUUCCGUUUUUAUCAAAAUAAAACGUUCAUAUUUUCACCUA